AUGGCAUCGUCGUCCGAUUCUUCCGUCGACCUUGCCACUGUUGAUGCACUCGAGUUGCUGCCUGACAACUCCGCUGCUAAUUGGCACUCUUAUGCUCAUUCCGUCGAGGUGCUCCUCUCCUCUGUUGUGGUCAGCGGCUACAACCUUCGCUCGGUUGUCUUUCAGGAAGGCGGUGGACUUCAGCCCGCGGCCCCCACCGCUCCUACUGGACCUGCCCCUGCCCACCCUGGCGCCGAGCCCUCUCCCCCCGGUGAUCCUCCCGCCUUUGCGCCGAAUGUGAACGACCCGCAGAGCUCGGAAACCGCCAUUCGCACCUACCGCACCAAUCUCCAAGAGCACCUGCGCCUGCAACUGCGUUACGAGGAUGACAGGCGCAUCUAUGACGACGCCGCUGCCCGCUACAACAAGUACCAGGAGGACCUGGACACCUACACUGCAGAACUUGCAGACUACACCACGAAAAUUACUGCCUGGCGGGUUGCUGAUCGACGUGCGCUUGCCAUUCUUCUCGCCACCAUCCCCUCCUCCCUCAAACGCGAGCUCUCACCUACCUCCUCCUCCCACCUGUGGCGACUGCUGGUCGACCUUUUCGAUCGGCAGGACGUUGCCACUCUUUACGCCCUUAUCCAGGAGUUUGGAACUCUCUCCAUGGAUUCCACUUCUGGCGUAGCUGCUUUCACUCGCCGUGUCUUAGACCUUUCUCGGCGCCUUGCAGCACUCGAUGUGGUGUACCCGGACACCGUCAUCUGCUGCCACCUCCUCGAGGGCCUCACACCUGCCUUCGACGCUCACAAGCUUGCUUACAUGCAGCUUAUCUCCAAGCACCACACCCCUGCCGAAGUCGCUCAGUGGAUUAUCACCACCGAAGCUGAGAUCCUUCGCCACUCUUCCUCCACAGCCGCAGCAGCCCAGUCGCGCAGCAGCCGGGGUGGCCGUGGCGGUGGGCGUGGGGGUGGGCGUGGUGGUGCGCGUGGGGGUGGACGAGGGGGAUCAGUAGGUCGCGGUGGUGCUGGCAGCAGUGGUGCAGGUCGUGGUACGGCAGCUGCCUUUCCUCCCUGUCAGUAUCUGCCUCGCUACGGUCCCACUCAGGGACAGCGCUGCGGCCAAACUACCCAUGCCACUGAGACGUGCUUCAAGGCACUCAGUGAUGAGUGGUUUGCCCGUGGCAACACCGGCACCCCUCCUCGCUGGUCCGCCCUCAACCCUCGCCCCACUCCCCUUGAGGUCCGUUCCUCUCCCCUCUAUGAACCUCCCUCCUCCACCCACGCUCACCAAGCCCUCGCCCCUCCCCAGCAGCAGCACCAGCAGCAGCAACAGCAGCAGCAGUUGCUUGGGAAUCAGCAGCAGGGGUCACAGCAGCUAGGCCACCCCAACUUCGCUACUCUGCGCUCCUCUGUCUCCUCCGGUCUCCUCCACGGUCUCCCCUCCUCCCUCCCUCCCCUCCCCAAAUCCCCUGCACCCCCCUGCACCGUCUGCGUUCAGAGCAAGCUCAAGUAG